AGCAGCUGACCGUCUCUCCGGGGGCCACAGUCCACUGAGGAUCCCAGACGGUCGACAUGGGUCGGUGGACGCUGCACAACGUUUUCUUCCUCGUGCUUCUCUGCAGCUCCGAUGGACAGGUUGAUACUCCAAGAAGACACACCUGGCAGGACAGGUUUACAUCAAUAGACAAAUUCUGGGACCUCCACAACGUCCAAAAACCCACAGUUAGUUCUACACCGAGGUUCACUCUGCUGGCUCCAGACCUGCUGAGGACAGACAGCCAGGAGAACAUCUACCUCCAGGCAGACGGCGUGUCCAGCCCCGUCACUGUGUCCAUCUCCGUGAUGGACUUCAGUAAGACCACCUCGCUCCUCCAGGACUCCGUCACACUCACUCUGGAAAAUGGAUUCUGCGCUCUCAAGGCCAUACAGCUUCCCUCGGAUCUUUUGAAUCGCAACGAGAAAAAGAACAAGUUUGUGCAUCUGAAGGUGGACUUUGGGGGCUACCAGGAGGAGAGGAUACUGAUGGUGUCCUUUCACUCCGGAUACAUCUUCAUCCAGACAGACAAGCCCAUCUAUAACCCCGGAGAUACUGUUCGCUUCAGAGCCUUCACGUCCUCUGUGUCCUUCAAGGCCUUCAACAGCUCCGUCACAAUAGAUGUCCAGAAUCCGGACGGCGUGGUGGUUAAACAGGUCUCCAGGAUCAGAGCUGCUGACGGCGUUUUUUCUGACACUUUUCCUCUCUCUGAAAUCGUCAAUGAAGGAAAAUGGACGAUGACGGCAAUGUUCGACCACUGGCAGCAGAACACGUUCACCUCCCAGUUCGAGGUGAAGAAAUAUGUGCUUCCUGCCUUCAAUGUCACCCUGACGCCCAGGAAGUCCUUCAUCGACCUGGAGGACACAGAGCUGGUGGUAGAAAUCUCAGCCAGGUACCUGUACGGGGAGCCGGUCCAGGGGACGGCCUACGUGGUGUUUGGAGUGAAGAUCAACCAAGAGAUGAGGAGGCUGCCUUCAGUGAAGCAGGUGUCAGAUCUGGAGGGAGGAGUCGUCACACUGAGCAUGGCGGAGAUCAAGGCGGCUUACCCCGACAUCAGAUCUUUGGUGGGCAACUCUGUGUAUGUGAAGGCCUCCGUGCUCACCAAGACAGGCAGUGAUCUGGUUGAAGCAGAGAAGACUGGAAUUCAAAUUGUGGAGUCGCCGUAUGUCUUGUCCUUCAAAGACAUAACAAAGUACUUCAAGCCGGGCCUGCCCUUGGAUUUUACAAUCCAGGUGAGCCACCAUGACGGUUCCCCGGCCCGAAACGUCCUGGUCAACUUGAAGCUGCUGAACUCGCCCCUGGUUGUCUCCUCUGGCGCCGGCAGAGUCACCAUCAACAUGCCCGGAGAUCAACGCACACAAACCAUCACGGCUGAGACCGUGCAGGCCGGCCUGAGACCAGAGCAGCAGGCCAAACAACAGAUCACCGUUCUGCCGUACGUCGCCUUUAACCAGCGCCAAGAGAACUACCUGCACAUCUCCAUGGGGACCAACACGGCGUCUGUAGGAGACAGACAUUCUCUGAAGCUGACCGUCACUCCUGCAGACCCGACACACAGACAAUACAUUACGCACAUCACCUACCUGGUAGUGAAUAAAGGUAAAAUCAUUGUUGCCGAGCGCGUGGAUGUGAGGGGUCAGCUGGUCACCAGCGUUGGACUGACGGUCACCCCGGAGAUGAUGCCGUCGUUCCGUUUUGUGGCGUUCUACAGUAUUCCCUGGGCGGGGCGGGAGGAGGUGGUGUCGGACUCCAUCUGGGUGGAUGUGGCAGAUUCCUGUGUUGGAGGGCUGAAUGUCGGGCCGGUGGACGGCUUACGUCGGGACUACGCGCCUGGGAAGAGCUUUAGUUUUCAGGUCAGAGGUGAUCCGGGAGCAAAGGUCAGCCUGGUGGCUGUGGACAACGCCGUGUAUCUGCUCAACAGGGACAGACUUACACAGAGGAAGAUUUGGGGCGCGGUGGAGCACGGAGACAUCGGCUGCACCCGAGGGGGAGGCAGAGAUGCCAAGGCGGUGUUCUCCGACGCAGGACUGCUCUACAGCUCCAGCACCGGGUUCAAAACCCAGAACAGACAAGCCCUGCGGUGUCCAGGCAGCGCCAGAAGGAGGCGCUCUGCUGAACUGUUGCAGCGUAAAGCCCAGCUGGAGAGUCAUUACAAGGAGAAGCUGCAGCGUCGCUGCUGUAAGGACGGCCUCAGGGAGAUCCCCAUGCCGUACUCCUGCACGCGACGCUCUCUCUACAUCACAGAGGGCUGGGAGUGCAUGAGGGCCUUCCGCUACUGCUGCGCCACCUACAGGAACCAAGUGUUUAACACGGAGAUUCCCACCACCCCACCACCCUCGACCACUGUUCCCCCCACCCCCACCCUUCAAAGUAUGUACAUGUUUGCGCGAGGAGGAGGAGGAGGAGGAGGAGGAGGACGAGGAAGAAAAAUAUCCCUAUCCAGGGAUACAGUCAAUUUUAGAAGUGAGCCUGGAUUACCUGGAUUACCUGGACUGCCUGGAUCGCGUUUACUGAAAUCACCAUCUGGACCUGAACUGACCUAUACAAAUGUAAACAAAAUGGCAGAAGAAGAGGAGGAGGAGGAUGAGGAAGAGGAAGAGUGGGAGUAUCUGGAUGAGACUCAAGUGUAUCUGCGAUCCAAGUUCUACGAGUCCUGGCUGUGGACGGAUGUUAACCUGCCCAGCCAGGCAGAAAGAGACGGGUUGGCGUCGAAGGACGUGAACCAUCCUUUACCUGACAGCAUCACAGAGUGGGGAGUUCUGGCCGUCAGUGCAUCACCUCAUACAGGUUUCUGUGUUGCCGAGCCGUACAACGUCAGAGCGUGGAAGCGUUUCUUUGUGGACCUGAAGCUGCCGUAUUCAGUGGCGAGGAACGAACAGGUGGAGAUUAAAGCCGUGAUCCAUAACUACGGCUACGACGACCUGCAUGUGAGGGUGGUGCUGAUGAAGACAGAGGGCAUGUGCAGCAUUGCCUUUAAGGACAAACACACGCAGGAAGUGUCGCUGGUGGCCGGCGCUUCUGUCGCGGUGCCGUACACCAUCGUACCGCUGGUGGUGGGGAAACUUCCUCUGGAGGUGAUGGUGGUGGGCAGAGACAUGAUGGGAGGAGACCGCAUCCAGAAACAUCUACGGGUGGUGCUGGACGGAGUGCAGAAGACUGAAGUUCGGAGUGCGGUGUUGAACCCGUCGGCUGAGGGAGGAACGCAGACUGUUCGUUUGGGCAAGAUCGAACUGGAGUCAGUUGUGCCGAACUCUGUGCCAGAGACGUUCAUCAAUGUCAGAGGCAACGUGUUGGCAGACAGCAUCGAUAACUCCAUCAGUGAGGACUCUCUGGCCUCGCUGAUCCGGAUGCCCGGCGGCUGUGUGGAGCAGAACUUGGCCAGCAUCACUCUGCCGCUCAUCGCCACCCUCUACCUGGACCGAACCAACAGCUGGGAGAGCGUAGGGGUGCAGCGCAAGGCUGAGGCUCUCCGGUACAUCAGGAGAGGCUAUGAGAACCAGCUGGCAUACAGGAAGAGUGAUGGCUCUUACCCCCCCUACAGGAGGGAAGGCGCAAGUACAUGGAUCACGGCGUACGUGGUGAAAGUUUUCUCCAUGGCUCACUCCAUCGUCGGCAUCAACGAGCAGCAGGUGUGUGAGCCUCUGCUCUACCUGGUGAACAACAAACACCGGCUUCCUAUGGGCAGCUUCAGAGAGGACAACCCAGUUUACACCACUACCAUGACGGGCGGUCUCCGUGGCGACGACCCCGAGAUAACCCUGACAGCCUUCGUCCUCGUAGCGCUCGCCGAGGCCAAGCAGGCCGGGAUCCGCUGCACGGGUCCAAGGGUAGAGUUAGCUAUCCAUAAGACAGCCGACUACCUGAAGAGAGCGCUGGUGAGGGUGGGGAGGAGACCGUACACCGUGGCCAUCGCCUCCUACGCGCUGGCUCUGCUGAGUCGACAUAACCCAACAGAACGUUUACUCGGAGCUGCAGCCCCAGGUGGCAGCCACUGGCCCGAUAGUCAGAACACCUUGUUCACCUUGGAGGCGACCGGCUACGCCCUGCUAGCGCUGGUGAAGUUGGGACGCAUGGAGGAAGCUGCAGCGCCGUUUAAAUGGCUAAACAGCCAGCGGAGGAGAGGAGGAGGCUUCGGCUCCACUCAGUCCACCAUGGUGGUGCUCCAGGCGCUGUCAGAGUACCUGAUAAACAAACCUCCUCCUGAUGACAUCAGUCUGGAUGUGGACGUCAGGAUAACGGGACGCAGGGAAAUCCGCUACCAUUUCAACCCCGAGACCGCCUACGCUGCUCGCUCCUCCAGGUUGCCUGCUGAUCUGGAUUUGAUAGUGCAGGCUCGAGGGAAUGGACAGGGAAUACUGGAGGUUGUGACCUAUUACAACCAGCUGCAUGAAGUGGAUGAGAAAAUACCCUGCAAGGACUUUGAGCUCAACGUCACUAUUGAAGAAUCCAGCGAAAAGCCUCCAGCAGAUGUAAUAAAAUCCUACCAGAUCACCAUUAAAGUGAGGGCUUUAGGACCCAGAGACGUCAGGAUGGUGGUUCUGGAUAUAAGUCUGCCUACUGGCUUCACCCCAGAAAACUCUGACCUGGAGAUGUUGUCGAACUCAGUGGACCGCUACAUCAAUAACUUCCAGAUAGUUGAUAACCUGAGUGACAGAGGCUCUCUGAUCAUCCACCUGUUCAAGGUGUCCCACAAAGAGCCAGAGGUCCUGAUCUUCAGGCUUCAGCAGAGCUUCAAAGUCGGCCUCCUGCAGCCGUCCUCGGUCACGGUCUAUGAGUAUUACAACCCGGAUCACCGCUGCAGUCGCACCUACACUCCCAGUGAGGACAAAGAGGAGCUCACUCAGAUCUGCAGGGACAACGUCUGCCGUUGCACUCAGGGUGAUUGCUGCGUCUCCAAAACCGACAGUGAAAACUUCCCCGCCUCAGAAAGAGAGACGUUUGCCUGCAAGACUUUACACCACGUUGUCCAGGUGAAGGUGCUGAGUGUCAGCCAGAGUUACUACGACAAAUACGAGAUGGAGAUCACACAAAUUAUCAAGCUGGGUGUGGAGGCAGGAGUGGAGGUGGGCCAGAAGAGGUUUUUCAUGUCUCAUGGAGGCUGCAGAGAUGGACUCAACCUGGAGACGGGCUCCCAGUACCUCAUCAUCGGCCCCAAAGAGGACCGGUGGAACGUUGACACUGAGACCAACAGAUUCAUCUACAUGUUAGGAAAGGACACCUGGGUGGAACGCUGGCCUACGACUGCAGAAUGCUCCAGCAAUCCCAGCCUGCAGGCUAAAUGCAAGAGCCUCGAGGAUGCUGCAUAUGAACUGUCUGUCAACGCCUGCAGGCUGUAAAGGUGUCCCUUCAGCAACUGCACGCCAUUCUCCUGCCCCAUUGUGUAGCGAAGAUGACCAAUAACUGUGCACACAAAGAUUCAAUCAUCAUUUUAAGGUUAAAGCCUGUGCAAUAGAGAGUGGAGUGUCCCUCCUCUUCCGGUGGACCAACAUGGGACCUUGUUUCGGAAAAAAUAUGGACGGUAGUCAACGGAGAGAGACAAUCACGCCAUGAAUCACACAUAUGAUGUUUGUCAAUUCAAAAG